AUGCCGAAAAUCUCAGAAGAUCGGGACUUAGAAAUAGAAUGUAUGCGGGAUGAGAUCAACGACUUAGUUGCAGACAUUCAGGAAACUUUGAAAAUUGGAAAACAAUGCCAAAUGGACGCCGCCGACCCUAUUAUUUUCGAGGCUCGUAUUUCUCGUCUCGACAGCGCAUUCGAGAGAUUCUUGGAACUACUCCGGGAUAUACGCUUAUUAAUGAAGAAGGCCAAGAUGCCGUGCGAUGAAUUAUCCGCCCUGAAGUCGACCAUCCAGACGCAGUACUAUGAAGCUUUGGCCUUGUCAAAAAGGAAAGACACGAAUUCGUCUCACAAUCGAACUUCUACUCAGUCAGCAACACACUCUGUUCAACUUAGAUUGCCGAGUUUAGAGCUGCCUUCCUUCGACGGUGACCUGACCAGCUGGUCUUCUUUUAGGGAUACAUACACGGCGCUUGUACACCUGAACGAAGACAUAACCCAAAUCCAAAAGUUUCAUUAUUUGCAGUCGUGCUUGAAGGGGUCUGCCGCACAGGUGAUCUCCGCAAUCUCGAUUGGCGAAGCAAACUAUCUGCAAGCCUGGGAAGCCCUAACAAAGAGAUAUGAAAGCAAUCGCAUCAGGGCAAUGAACCACUUAACCCAGCUAUUCAACUUUAAACCAAUAACAAAGGCAACUUGCUCGACCCUGGAACACUUCUCGGCGGUCGUCAUUGAGAAUUGCCACGCUUUUAGGAGGAUGCAACUUCCCGACCCGAGCGGAUUCGUGUUGCACACUUUCGCUCUGCGACUUUUGGACUCUAAGACGCGGGAUAGAUUCGAAAACGAGUUCGGCGGACGGGAAGAAAUUCCUAGCUUUUCCGACUUCGCUGAUUUUCUGCAAAGGCAGAUCCUGACCCUACAGUCAAGCGCGCUCGUGUCCGGCUCCCCCGCGGUCUCUGGAUCCGAUACCAAAACUGCAAGAAUAACCAGACACGUAUUCAUGUCAACUCGGGCCACAUCCGCACUACUACGGUGUCCUAUCUGUCGGGACAAACACCGAAUAUUCGAUUGUAGUGUACUGCGUUCGUGGGAUACGAAGAAACGUUGGGAAAAGAUAAAGAUGAUGAACCGUUGUUUUAAUUGUUUGUCCUCUGGACACUCUAGCCCCGCCUGUCCCACUGAACGCUCAUGUCGACGAUGCGACGGCCGUCAUCACACCUUGCUCCAUUUUGCAAAAGCGAUCAGCGGCUCACCUCUUGGCGUCUCCGCAGAAGGACCUAACGAAGACAUAGGUACAGUCGAACGUUCACCAACGCGAGGAGCGCGAGCACCCCUCAAAUCUGACUCAAAACACGCUGUGCUGGCAGCAUCAUCAAAGGAAGACACUGACGUACUACUGGGGACUAUUCAAGCACGAAUGCAGGGAUCUAGCGGCAAGCCUUACACAGUCCGAAUUGUAGUAGACAGUGGGUCGCAGCGUUCCUUUAUAACAAACGAAUGCGCUCAACGCCUGUCGCUCCCAGGAAAACCUAAGGCCCACAAAUUAGUCGGUCUUGGGAACAGCGCCAUACAGGGAGCCCAGCUGGAAGUCGCGUGCAUCCUAAUGCCGAGAAAAACCCCCGCACCCCGCCUACGGGUUAACGCGAUUGUGAUUGACCGAAUAUGCGAGGACAUGCCAUUAAGGAAAUUGCCUAACCAAUGGUCGGCGUUUAUGAAUGAUCUCGAUCUGGCCGAUCCCUCUUACUGCACACCCGGACCAGUCGAUUUCCUUCUGGGAGCGGAUCUUCUGACCGAUAUUCUUUUGGGAGAUAUUAAGAAAAUGCCUGAAGGUCUCCCCGACGCCAUCAAUACGGUCUUCGGCUGGGUCCUGCUUGGAAGAGUCGACGUCCUCUCUCCCCGGAAGCAAGCUUCACUAUUCGCAGCCUCCCCGUCGGAUAAUAAUGACAUUGAUGACAUGUAUAAGGUGAUGUCUCGGUUUUGGACCGUCGAAGAGAGCAUCGGUGUUCCGAAAGAUGAUCCGCGGGACACUCAAUGUGAAGAGCAUUUCGCAAAAACGCACACACGACGGGAGGAUGGACGAUACGUCGUCAGGCUACCCUUCAAGAAUACUCCGGUUAUGUUGGGCGACUCGGAGCUGAGUGCACGCCACCGCUUCAAUAAAUUAGAACAGCGUUUGCUGAGAGAUACCGCCCUGAAAGCUGAGUAUGACCGAGUGUUCCGCGACCACAUGGAGAAAGGAUUCAUGUCGGUGGCUGUUCGUGAUGGCUUAUACUUCCUUCCACAUCAUGGGGUGUUGAAGGAUGGAACCACAACGAAGCUGCGCGUCGUCUUCGAUGCCUCCCACACCACAUCAAUGGGUUCGCUAAACGAUCAGCUGUUGACCGGACCGAAAUUACAGAAGGACAUAAAGGACGUUUUGCUGACGUUUCGGGUCCACAAGUUUGCCAUGACUUCGGAUAUCAACCAGAUGUAUCUGCAGAUCCUGCUCGCGGACGAGGACCAGCGAUUCCAACACCUGUUUUAUAGGUCUGAUCCCGCCGAGGCUGUCCGGGAAGAUGAGUUUCAUAGACUGUCCUUUGGACUUUCCUGUUCUCCGUUUCUAGCACUCCGGGUUUUAAGGCAAUUGGUCCAGGAUGAGGGUGAACGGUAUCCCUUAGCAUCUAAAGCCUUAAUGGAGAAUGUCUACAUCGACGACAUACUGACCGGGUCGGACACUGUUAAAGGAGCGAGGAUGCUUCAACAAGAGCUAACCGAUUUGCUGAGAAAGGGUGGUUUCUCCUUAAAGCCAUGGUGCAGUAACGUCACGGACCUUCCAGAUGGAAUGUAUCAACAAUCGCUGACGUUCGUGGUUCCGCUGUCUAACCUCGAAGACGCGACCGUGAAAGUCCUAGGGAUGCAGUGGGAGCCGAACAUAGAUUGUCUGUCCUUCAAAAUACAACCGGCAAAAUGCGUUCUGACCAAGAGAGGUAUUAUGUCGACUAUCGCCAGAAUGUACGACCCUCUGGGCUACCUGGCACCAGUAGUCUUCCGAGCGAAGGUGAUAUUGCAAAGACUCUGGGAAUGCAAGAUCGGUUGGGAUGAACAAAUUCCAGAACAACUUGGCACUGAAUGGACGCGACUUUAUGAUUAUUUGCCGGUCUUGAAUUCCCUAAAACUGCCACGCUGCCUUAUUCCAUAUCAUCCUACUCGCGCUACCCUCUUUGGUUUCGCCGAUGCUUCCGCCUUGGGUUAUGCAACGGUCCUUUACCUUCGGGUAGAGAGCCCAGGCGAAGAUCCCAUCACGAAUCUUCUCUUCGCGAAAACCCGUCUGGCCCCUCUGAAGACCCUCACCAUCCCGCGACUAGAGCUCUGCGCCGCGUUAUUGUUGGUCGAUGUUCUACGAUCUCUGACUAACACCUUGACUAGCCUGAGCAUACAUGAGAUCGUGCUUCUCACCGACUCCUCCACGGUCUUGUCUUGGCUGCAUUUACCGCCUCACCGACUGAAGACGUUCGUGGCCAACCGAGUCGUCAAGAUACUGGACCACUCCUCCCUCAGCUCCUGGUUUCAUGUGCGAUCUGAGGACAACGCUGCAGACGUCGCAUCGCGAGGGACGGAUCCUCUCACUCUUGUGAGCCAACACACUUGGCAAGAGGGCCCGGACUGGAUCAAACGCCCGAGGGACGAGUGGCCCCUGAAAUCUUAUGUAGAAGAGGGAACAGAUCUACCAGAAGUUAAGCCGCAGACGGUUCUGCUAGCUACGGAUGAGACUGAUACAAUCGAAGACCUGAUACGACGAUUCUCGUCAUACGCUCGACUAACGCGAGCCGUUGGCUACGUACGACGGUUCAUCGAGAACCUACGUGUUCGGACGGAGCAGCGGAUUAAUGGCACUUUGAGUUUAAGAGAGGUUAACGCAUCCACUCACUCCUUAAUAAAGUCCGUGCAGCAACACCAUUUUAGAAAGGGGUCGACAGACUUGAGGUCACUGAAUCCAUAUGUGGACUCUCUCGGUCUCCUUAGGGUGGGCGGACGCCUGGCUAAUGCACCUGUGAGCCACCAAUUCAAACAUCCGAUCAUUCUUCCGUAUAAGUCGUACCUUACCCAGUUGCUAAUUGACCACCUCCACAUAGUAUACGCUCAUGCUGGACCCCAACUUCUCCUGGCAUUGCUGAGACGACGAUACUGGGUCCCCUGCGCUCGGAGGCUUGUUCGAUCUCGGGUCCAUCACUGCGUCCGUUGCCACCGCCUGAGAGCUGGACCCAUUACGCCUUUAAUGGGGGACUUGCCCAUCUCACGCUUCGAACAAGGAAGAGCUUUUCUGAACGUAGGAGUAGAUUUCGCAGGCCCCUUUCCAAUCCGCGAAUCUUUAAGACGCAAGGCCGCUCUCAGCAAAGCAUACAUCUCCGUAUUCGUUUGCCUCGGAACCAAGGCUGUACACAUUGAGGUUGUGUCACAACUCUCGUCGUCUGCCUUCCUCGCGUGCUUGGAUCGAUUUAUCGCCAGAAGAGGAAUCCCAAGCAAAAUUAUGUCUGACAACGCGACAAACUUUGUAGGAGCCAAGCGUCAACUGGCAGAACUCUACGAAUGGUGGAACGCAGAGAAAACGCACCAAGAAAUUAAGGAAGAACUGGUAAAGCGAGGCAUAGAGUGGACCUUCAUCCCGCCGGCCGCUCCCCACUUUGGCGGUCUAUGGGAAGCGGCCGUGAAAUCGAUGAAGUACCACCUCACACGAGUUCUCCAGUACCAACCAUUGACGUUCGAGGAGUUAUCUACCGUCACGAGCCGGGUCGAAGCGAUCCUCAAUUCCCGACCGCUGUAUCCGAUGUCCUCAUCCCCUAACGAUUACGACGUAUUGACACCCGGACAUUUUAUAAUAGGUGACGCCUUGGUGUCACUACCCCAACCGGACUGGUCUGAUCACGCUCAUCAUCUAAUGACUCGCUGGCAAUUUUUACAGAAAUGCACAGCGGAUUUCUGGAAGAAGUGGCGAUUGGAGUAUCUCACCACUCUCCAACAACGGCCGAAGUGGCAACAGCGAACCGACAACCUUGAGUUGGGAACCCUUGUAGUCUUAAGGGACGGCCAGGCGCAUCCACUAUCUUGGCAGAUCGGCCGCAUCAUCGAGAAGUACCCAGGCAAGGAUGGAACAGUGAGAGUGGUACGCGUCAAGACGCCUAUUGGAGAGUACACACGACCAGUGGUCCGUCUAUCUCCUCUGCUGCCUGAGCCCUGA